UACAUUAAAUUUACCUCUUUUAUUAAUGCACUAUAAAUAUUGAAAUAAGAAGCCACUCUUCACAAUUACGUUCAUCACAAUGAUACUUGUACUAUCCAUAACUCUACCAAUAAUCUUGAUUUUCUACAUCCUCCACAAAACCCUAACUCGGGCAAAAACCACUCUACCACCGGGCCCGCCGCCUCUGCCGCUGAUCGGAAACCUCCAUCAGCUCGGCAUGGCGGCAGACCCACACAUCUACCUCCACCAACUCUCCAAGAAAUACGGCCCCAUUAUUCACAUGAAACUAGGCUCAAUCCCUGUCCUAGUAAUUUACUCAGCCAAAUUAGCCAAACAAGUAUUGAAAAGUCAAGAUUUGGCAUUCUGCAGCAGACCAAAAUUACUAGGACAGCAGAAACUAUCCUACAACAGCUCCGACCUCGUAUUCACACCAUACAAUGAAGACUGGAGGGAGAUGAAAAAGAUAACUCACAUUCAUUUGGUAAGCAACCAAAGGAUUCAAUCUUUUUGCCCCAUCCGCGAAGAGGAGAUCACCAAGAUUUUAUCAACCUCUGGGAAUCAAGCAUUGAAUCUGAGCGAGGUGGUGAUGGCCGCCAGCAGCCGCAUGGUGUGCAGGGUAGCUUUUGGUAAAAGAUACGAGGAGGGCGGGCCGGGGAUGAAGAGAUUCUAUCAGAUUCUGAAAGGAUUCGACAACCUCACCACCUCUUUCUUUGUGUCUGACUACUUUCCUGCUUUGAGUUUCGUUGAUAAGAUGAGUGGCAGAAUGAAUAGUGCGGAUGCGGUGUGUAAGGUCAUGGAUUCGUUCUAUCAAGAGCUCAUCGAUGAGCACCGCGAAUCGAGGAGGAUUAUGUGAGCUCAUCGGUGUGUAAGGUCAUGGAUUCGUUCUAUCUAAAAGCAGUAAUAAAUGAGAGUUUGAGGUUAUACCCACCGGCCCCCGCUGCUUAUACCAAGAGAAACGAUGGACGUAUGUCGUCUUGAUGGCUAUGAAAUCAGCCCCAAAACAAUGGUUUAUGUAGGGAGAGAUCCCGAGUAAUGGGAAAAUCCAGAUGAGUUCAUUCCGGAGAGAUUCUUGAAUAGCAGUAUUGACCCGAAAGGGCAAGAUUUCGGGCUCAUUCCAUUCGGGCCGGGCCGAAGAAUGUGCCCUGGCAUGUCUAUGGGAUAUUUGACAACUCAGCUUUUGGUUGCAAAUUUAGUGUAUAGUUUUGAUUGGGAAUUGCCUAGAGGAAUUCAUGCACAAGACUUGGAUAUAAAUCCAACGAAUGGAAUCGCAGUGCAUAAGAAAAAUGCCCUUCUACUUGUGCCUAAGAGUUAUGCUUUUUAGUGUGUGUGUGUGUGUGAUCUUCUAUUUUA